AUGCCCCAAGGGGAUGCCUCGGGGGGAUCCUCCAGGGGGAUGUUCCGAGGGGAUGCCAAGGAAGAUGCUCCAGGAGGAUACUCCACGGGCAUCCUCCAAGGGGAUCCUCCAGGAGGAUCCUCCAGGAAGAUGCUCCAGGGGGAUCCUCCAAGGGGCCGUCCCAGGGGGAUGCUCCAGGAGGAUCCUCCUGAAAGAUCCCCGUGGAGCAUCCUCCUGGAGGAUCCUCCUGUAACAUCCCCCAGGAGGAUGCUCCAAGGGGAUGCCCCAGGGGGAUGCUCCAGUAGGAUCCUCCAGGGGGAUGCCCAGGGGGAAGCGGUGCGCAGAGGGAUGCCCAGGGGGAAGCGGUGCACAGUGGAUGCCCAGGGGGAAGCGGCGCGCAGCGGAUGCCCAGGGGGAAGCGGCGCGCAGCGGAUGCCCAGGGGGAAGCGGCGCGCGGCGGAUGCCCAGGGGGAAGCGGUGCGGGGCGGAUGCCCAGGGGGAAGCGGUGCGCAGCGGAUGCCCAGGGGGAAGUGGUGCGGGGCGGAUGCCCAGGGGGAAGCGGCGCGCAGCGGAUGCCCAGGGGGAAGCGGUGCGCAGCGGAUGCCGGCGGGGCGGGCUGUUUGCGGGCAGCCCCGGCCGUUCGGGGGCGGGCGGGCAGCGGAGCGCGCAGGGAGGCGCCGGCGGCGGCACCGCCCCGGCAGGCGGGAGGGGACGGGGACAGGGACAGGGACGGGGCCACACGGGGCGGCGGUGACAGCGGCGACAGCCACACGUGCCCGGCCGGGAGCGGGUCCGAUGGGCGGCGGGCGCGGCCGGCAGGUAAAGGUGGGGAGAGGCACCGGACAGGGCAGCCCGGCGGGUUCGGGGAGGGAGGUUCUAUAG